AUCAAAACGACUCGGCAUCAACAAAUUAAAUAAACUGAAAUAUGCCGGCCAGGAUCGCGAGAAGCUCACUGUCGGCACCUGCAGCUAAAGCUCCUAGGAAAAAGAGGAGCAAAUUCGCCAAACGGUCGCUCAAUGCAUUUGCUAUCGCUGAGGCUGAGGAUCCCGAGAAACCCAAGAUACGCCGCAACCGGCUGGGACAUGUCGAAGACGAUGGUCCACGAAUUAAGAGACGUCGCAUGUCUGGUAACGACGAUGAUGAUGAGGGCAAUUUAGCCGAAGAGCCAUCUGCAAAGAGGAGAGCUAGAUCCGGUGAAUCGAGUGCAAGCGAAGAGAGCGAUGAAGAAGGUCAUAGGUGGAAGGUUGGCAUUGUGGACGAAGACGACGAUAGUGAUAUCGACAGCGAAGAGGCGUUUGGGGAGAGUGACGAGGAGAAAUUUGAAGGUUGGACGUUUCGAGGGGGCUCUGGCGCAGUGAAUAAGGCAUCAAAAAGGAAGCCACAUUUGAAAAGGGAUGAAGAAACCAAUGAGAUGAAUCUGGAAGAAGAAGAAGAAGAAGAAGAGGCUGAGAAAGAGUCCGACGACGAAAGUUUGGGCUCAGACGCUGUUGAUCUGGCAACUAUGCUGGAUAACUAUGAGCCGAGUGGAGAUGAGGAGUCUGGCUCCGAAAGCAAUGAUGAAGCUGAACACAAUUCGGGCGAGGGCUAUGACGACACUGCGCCUUCGGACUACAGCAUGUCCGAUGCAGAGGAUGAGGAUCAAGCAGACAAAGCUGCUCGUCUUCAAAAUCUUGUGUCCAGCCUACAUCCCACGGCCAAAACGACAAAGAAAGCCCGUGAAAUCGACGCUCACGAGUCUCGUACGCCCUCUACUGCUGGUCUUGUUGCUUCUGAGAAGUUCGACAUCAACGAUUUCCUGGCCACAACAUCUGAUCCUUCAGUUAAGCAAGUGAGCAAAGAGCUGGGUGUGCUUCCUAAAGCGUCCUCAUCUUCCAAAAAGAGUCUGAAGCUUGAACCCAGUCUUCCGAAGAGACAAAGGGAUCGUCUAGACCGUAUCGCGGCGAACGAGAAGGCUAAGGAGACUCUCGAGCGCUGGGUCGAUACUGUGAAACACCAGCGACAGGCAGAACACUUGUCCUUCCCGUUGAUGGAUGCCAAUGAAGGAAAGUCGUCAAAGUUUUCGUUGGCAGUCACGCAACCAUCCCAGAAGCCAUUUAACGACUUGGAAGCCACAAUUCAGAGCAUCAUGGUCGAGAGUGGGCUGAGCAGUGGGAAAAAAGAUGAGGAAGAGGAAAAGUUGCGAGAAUUCGAGGAGCUAGGCGUGAACAAACUGCCGCUUGAGGAGGUACAAGCACGUCGUGCUGAGCUUAGGAAGGCGAGGGAGCUGUUGUUCCGUGAAGAAGUUCGCGCCAAACGCAUCAAGAAAAUCAAGAGCAAAGCAUUCCGGAGAAUCAAGCGCAAGGAGAAAGAAAGGCUCGCCGCAAUUGAUAGAGACGCAUUUGCGGAGGGUGGAGGUAUCGAGUUGGACGAGGAAGAGAGGGAAAUGGCAGAACGGAGGAGGGCAGAGGAGCGUAUGCGCCUCAAACACAAAGACAGCAAAUGGGCAAAGCAGAUGAAGAAGAGUGGGCGGACUAUAUGGGAUGACGAGGCGAUAUCUGGCGUCGUCGAGAUGGCACGCAAGAGCGACGAGUUGAGGCGACGAAUUGAGGGCAGGGAAGUUCGAGAUGAAGAUGCGAGUGGCGACGACCUGUUUUCUAGUAGUGAAGACGAUGAAGACGCGGUGGAUGGUGACGAUGAUGCAGCGGAAUUUAGACGACUGCAGCGACAAAUGCAAAGGGCUGAAGAGGACGAGCAUGUGGAUGAGAAAGCAAGUAAGCUGUAUGGAUUAAAGUUCAUGCGCGAUGCGGAGGCGAGGAGAAAGAAGGAGAAUUUAGAGGCACUGAGACAGAUAAAGAAGGAACUCAACGGGGAUGCCGAGGCCACAGAUAGUGAGGAAGAGGAAGCAAAUAUUGGCCGCAAGAUCUUCGCACCGAAUGGUCAUGCACAAAGUAAAGCCUCAGGGGCGAAAAGAGAGAUUCGAGGAGAGUUCGAGGAGAAGGAAUCGGAGGGUGAGGACGAAGUCGAAAUUGUGACGGACAAACCCAUCGCUGAGGCUAAUGGAACUGUGAGUCAUGCGUUAACGGCGCAAUCGAGCAAAGGUACGGAAGAAACACGUCCAACUUCUGAAGCAAAGCCUUCAGCAAGAGGGGGAAAGUCUAGAGCGGAUCGUGGAGACACCGGAAUCGAGCUGCUACCAAGAGAGAAACACUCCCAGCCUGAUUCCGAUGGCUGGAUUACAGUCACGUACAAUGACUCCGACAACGAAACGAACUCAGCAGAAGCAGAGGACGGAAACGCAUCCAUGGACCAAACGGAGAUUCUACGUCGUGCCUUCGCCGGUGAUGAUGUUGAGGACGCCUUCGAAGAUGAGAAGAACGCCGAUAUUGAAGAGGAUGCUCCGAAAGUCGUUGACACCACGUUACCCGGUUGGGGCUCUUGGGUCGGCGCCGGUCUCUCCAAGCGCGAGAAGCAGCAACAAAAACGGCCACCACACGCGAACCAGCUCAAAAAGAUCGAGGGCAUCGAACGCAGCAAGCGUCGGGAUGCUAAGCUCAAGGGCGUGGUCAUUAACGAGAAGCGGAACAAAGCAAAUGCACAGUAUCUUGCCAGCGAGCUGCCGCAUGUCUACGGAAGCAAGCAGGAGUAUGAACGCAGCAUUCGUAUGCCUGUGGGAGAAAAGUGGAAUACAACGGUGACCUUCCGAGAGAAUAUCAAACCUCGGGUAUUGAUCAAGCCGGGAGCGGUCAUCAGGCCGAUGGAAAAGCCCCUGAUCUAGAGUAUUAUUGAAUCUAAGCAUUUCAGGCACGGCCUCCUUUCCGAGA